CCUCACUCAGUAACGAAGCCGGCAGACAGGUGUGUGAAGCCGAGCAACUCAGGGCGACACGGACACACAAACACCAUGUUACCCCAGCCUAGAGGAGGAGCCCCUUCAAGGUGUCUGUAACUCGCCGCAGGCGGACAGGGAGUGAGAAAUGCGGGCGUACAGUGUGAAGGCACCAAGCUGCUGUGUUUGUCUUCACUGUCAACAACAACAACAACAACAACAACAACAAGAGUCCUGCUGCAGCUCCGCUCACGGCUGGUGUCGGUUCAUUUAACGGCGCUGCGCGGAGGAAAUCACUGGGACUAUGUGAGCAUCAUGCUCGCGGUGAGAUGCCUGCUGUUCGCUGCAGUCUACGCACGGUACGCCGAGACAGCUCUGAGAGAAUGGGGGAGUCCGGAGGGAAGGCUGCCGCCCGCGGAGGAGGUCGUUCAGCCCAAGCGACUCCUGCAGCAGAUCCACACUGAGGAGGAGCUCCUGCACAGCCGGCUGGACACCCGGGUCAAGAACCACCCAGCCGGUGAGCAGCCCAUCCAUUUGGCCCAGAGCAGCUUCUUGGUGAAAGCCUUUGGUACAUCCUUCAUACUCGACCUGGAGCUCAACCACAAUCUGCUGUCUACAGACUAUGUCGAGCGUCACUUUGAGGAAGACGGCCAGCUGUCACAGAAUAUGGGAGGGGAGCACUGCUUCUACCACGGGCGAAUACGAGGGGUGCCAGGGUCCUGGGCUGCUUUGUCCACCUGCCACGGCCUGCAGGGGAUGUUUUCUGACGGGAACUUCUCUUACGGGAUCGAACCUCUUGGCACUGGAGCGGAGCACAAUGACCACGUUGUGUUUCGAAUGCCUAACACUGACAUUUUUCCACCUCCCUGUCCAGGAUGCUCCAUGAACAGCACAGAGGCUAAGAUGCAGUCACGCAGGCAAAGCGAAGAGGAUGGCGAGCUAAGCGAUGAAGUCAGCUGGUCUACCGAAGAAAAGCCGAUACUCACAGAAGGUCUUCGACGCUCAAGAAGACAAGUGAGGCGAGGCCAACGCACCGUCCAGACUGAGACCAAGUACAUCGAGCUGAUGGUGGUCAACGAUUAUGAACUGUUUGUGCAGUUACGCCGGUCGACCACGCAGACGAAGAUUUUUUCUAAAUCGGUGGUGAACAUGGCAGAUUUGAUCUACAAGGAGCAGCUCAACACUCGCAUCGUCCUGGUAGCUAUGGAAACCUGGUCAUCUGAAAACAGGGUGGCUGUCGGCGAUGACCCGUUGCUCACCCUGCGUGACUUCAUGAAGUACAGGAAGGAGAGCAUCAAGGAGCGCGUUGAUGCUGUGCAUCUCUUCUCAGGGAGGACGUUCAUGAGCAGCCGCAGCGAGGCAGCCUACAUUGGGGGCAUCUGCUCGCUGACUCGGGGUGGAGGGAUCAAUGAGUUUGGCAGUGUGGGUCCUAUGGCCAUCACAUUGUCUCAGAGUCUUGGUCAGAACAUCGGCAUGCUAAGGAACAAGGAGCGAACAGCUGCUGGUGACUGCAGGUGUCCAGAUCCGUGGCUGGGCUGUAUCAUGGAGGAUACAGGCUACUACCUGCCAAGGAAGUUCUCUCGCUGCAGUAUAGAUGAGUAUCUGCGUUUCCUCCAGCAGGGAGGAGGCAGCUGCCUCUUCAACAAGCCCACAAAGCUCCUAGACCCAUCAGAGUGUGGCAAUGGGUAUGUAGAGCUUGGAGAGGAAUGUGACUGUGGAUCACUGGUGGAGUGCGCCCUGAGUGGAGCUAACUGCUGCAAGAAGUGCACUCUUACCCAUAAUGCCAUGUGCAGCAAUGGGCUCUGUUGCAGGGACUGUAAGUAUGAGCUGAGAGGGGUGACGUGCCGCAGUGCUGUGAAUGACUGUGACAUUCCUGAGACCUGCACAGGAGACUCGAGCCAGUGUCCCCAUAAUGUCCACAAACUGGAUGGCUACACGUGUGAAGAUGGCCAAGGUCGCUGUUAUGGAGGUCGCUGCAAGACCAGAGAUAGCCAGUGCAAGACUCUGUGGGGCUUCAACUCAGCUGACAGAUUUUGCUAUGAAAAGCUGAACUCUGAGGGCACGGAGAGAGGAAACUGUGGUCCACACUCCAGUGGCCAGGGAUGGGUGCCGUGCAAUAAACAGGACGUUCUGUGUGGUUUGCUGCUUUGCACCAAUCUGACAGACAGACCGAGAUUUGGCGAGCUGCAGGGAAAGGUCACCAGCCUGACCAUCCACCAUCAGAGCAGAUACCUGGACUGCAGGGGUGGUCACGCAGUGCUGGAUGAUGGCUUGGAUCUGGGCUAUGUGGAAGAUGGGACACCAUGUGGGCCGAACAUGAUGUGUUUGGAGCGUCGCUGCCUCCCCGUUACCACCUUCAACCUCAGCACCUGCCCUGGAUCCUCAUCCUUGCAUAUCUGCUCCCACCACGGGACGUGCAGUAACGAGGUGAAGUGUAUCUGUGAUCCAGACUACACCGGGAAGGACUGCAGCGUGUUUGACCCGAUCCCAACCCCCACCUCGCCAGAUGGCCCAGAGAAGUAUAAAGGUCCCAGUGGUACCAAUAUCAUCAUAGGCUCGGUUGCUGGGGCUAUUCUGCUGGCGGCGAUAAUCCUGGGGGGAACUGGUUGGGGAUUCAACUCGCUGCUGAACGCUCCUCUGCUUACUGCCUGAUCCAUACUCGCCACAAGAGAGCAUGUGGGUUUCUUCUUAAAGCGGGUGGAUGUGCAGUAGAUGGUUCACCAUCUGCGGGUAUGUCGAGGAAUUUGGCACGAAUGAAAGCAUUUCAGUAGCUUGCUGGCUUGUUUUGUUUACAUAAAAUCUUCCCUGAAACUUGCAUCAUGGCAUGAGAUGAUGAUGAUGAUUAGAAUUUGACUCCUCUUUGAAGAAGAGUAACAAAAUUAGGGUUGGGAUUGUUAUGUAUUGUAAUGACUCUAGUGAUGUUAGGAGUGCUUUGCUGGAUUGGUGAGGCUCUCCUUGAAGUUUUCUCUAGCAUACUGGUGCACAUAUUAGAAUCCCUUCUUAGAAAGCACGUCUCUCCAUAGUUCAGUGUGCACAGCUGGAUUUGACUCCCGGUCGUCUUUCUUCUGCCUGCUUUAUCCGCUUUGUCUUGUCUCAUGCUAGCUUUGCCGUGGCACGCUGCAGUAUGCUGAGGAACGGAUGCGUUCGUCAUAAUCUUUUGCCUUCAUCUCAUAACUAUAGCUUGUAUCUACCCGGACAGAUCCUGCACCGGCAGGCAGUAGAGUUUACUUUGUUGAUAGCAAAAGAUGAAGAUGUGAGAUUUCAAGUAAAUGCCAGUUUUUCUGCACUGCAUGUUUUUUUUAUCACACUGCUGCUUGAACACCAAAGUUGAUAAUAUUGCUGUCCCUGUUUAUCUUUUUCCUGCAUAACUUCCAGAAAUAUCCGGAAAGGAAGGUACGAUCCCACCUUUCAGAGCUGAUCCCAAAGCUGGGACAUCAUUAAAUCACUGAUGAUUAUAUCACUGUAUUGCCACGUGUUUUGUAACAAUCAUCUGAUCUUUUUCUAAGGACUCUCACUUGUAUCUGUUACUUGCUUCUUUAAGCUUAUUUUUCCUCAUUUUUGAUCUUUUUUUUUUUAAUUAAUGUGUAUUUGUAUAGAGACAAUGGCAUAAAGCAAUGCCACAUACUACAGUCUUUAUAUAGCCUGUGCAUACUGCAGUACCCAUUCAUAAAAUAUACAAACUCCUAUUCACUGUGUUAUCCUAGUUUGCUUCAUUUUUAUUUGUGCUGCGUGCCGCUUCAGAGUUGGUUGCCAUUCCUAGAAUAUAGCUUCUGUGUUGAUUUGUAUCAUUUCAUUAAUAAAAAAGUUCACUUUUUAUUAAUGAAGUUUUUUUAAAUUAUUUUGAUCUUCUGUCUGCUUUAGUGAUUAGUAAACAGAAAAUUAAUUGGCAGCUGUUUUUAAACUAGUCAUUAAAGCAGUUUUUCAAGCAGAUAAACAUUUGCUGAUUGCUUCUCCUCAGUUUUUGCCUUUGUGUCAUUUACAUUGUAGAAAACUGAAAGGCUCGUCUUUGGCUUUUCAGUUUGGGACUCAAUCUUUCUUCUUCUCCCACCUCUUUAUCUUCCUUAUCCUCUCCUCUUGUUUUUUUUUUCUCCACCCCAUUCUUCUUCUCUUUCCAGAUCUAAGGGAGUUUGAGUCAUAUCUCUCUGCUGUCCUAUCUUCCUUACACUGUGUGCAGUCCACUCUGAGGAGACAAAACAAAGAUGUCUUCCAUUACUGGCCCUCAGAUUUUUCCUGUUUCCUAUGUUGUUACUCAAGCCACCUGGAAAAAUAAAUCAGGAGUGUGGAAGCUCUGAGGGCACUCCUACAGACCAUAAAGUCUGGCUGUAGCUGUCUGAGUCACUUUUGCUGCCGUCACCUCCUCCUGUUUCAUUUUGCCACAUCUUUGUUUCUUUAUGUCUGGGACACACACAGAAGCUUUUUUUUCCUUUUUUUUUUUUUUUCGCUUCGA